AUGCCUUAUCCCUCAAAACAUAAACUUCAAUUAAAAAAAGCACUUGAAUCACUUGCCAAAAAGCACAAGUUGAAUCAGUGCCAAAAACGUAUUGAUAAAACAACAAAUCAUUUAAAUAAAACCAAUAAUGAACUUGAUAAUAUGACCUCUAAUGUCUCAAAUGUUAAUGAAUUUGAUUCUUCCAAA